UCUGCUUGGCACGUCGGGCCCCACCACGGAACGCGAACCUCUGUGACGGCAGGAUCCGUUCUGCAACAAGAACCACCAUUGCUUCCAGCGCAUUUCCACCAAAACCGCAUACCUCCGACUUUGACUCAAUAUCUCCUCUAUAGCACCCCUUCCCCCGCCGACGGGCACACAGCAGCAGGCUAGCAGCAUGGCAGACCGACCCCACCGCGGCGGCCGGGGCGGACCAAGAGGGGGUCGAGGAGGCGGAGGCGGCAGCGGCCGCGGCGGUGGCUCUGCCGCAGCUGGGGGAGGCGGAGGAGGAGGAGGAGCGGGAGCAGCAGGCAAUCACGCCCAACAAGGGGCAGCAGGCCAGGAUGCCGGCAGCAAGGAGCGGCCCAAGAAGGAGAACAUCUUGGACCUCAAGAAAUACAUGGACCAGCGGAUCACGGUCAAGUUCAACGGCGGGCGGGAAGCGACGGGCGUGUUGAAGGGGUACGAUGCUCUGAUGAACCUGGUGCUGGACGACGUGGAGGAGGUGCUGAGAGACGACGAGGGGAACACCACGACCAGGCCGCUCGGGCUGGUCGUCGUCCGGGGCACUCUGCUCGUGGUGGUCAGCCCGGUCAACGGCAGCGAGGUUAUUGCGAACCCUUUUCUUCAGGCGGAUGAGGAUUGAAACUGUGCGAAGGACUGGAGAAGCGUCAUCCGGCCGAGAGAUUGUUUGAAAGUUUUCAGAAAGCUGUCUGAGACGCCGCGGAU